AUGCCAUUAUCAACAGAAACAUCAAAAAUAUUUCAAAUGCCACCACCAACUCCUCCAACAAAUUCAAAUGAAGCAACAAUCAAUAAUAAUAAUACCAAAAUUCAAAAUAACUUAAUAAAUAAUAAUAAUAAUAAUGAUUCAAUAGAAAUUGAUUAUGAAGCAUUACCUGAAACUGCAACAUUAGGUGCUCAAUUAGCUGCGGGAGCAUUUGCUGGUAUAAUGGAACAUUCAAUAAUGUUCCCAGUUGAUGCAAUUAAAACUCGUAUGCAAUCUUUUAAUACUACAACUGUUUAUACUGGUGUCUUAAAUGCUAUAACGAGAAUUAGUUCUACUGAAGGUUCAAUGGCACUUUGGAGAGGUAUUAAUUCAAUGGUUUUAGGUGCUGGUCCUGCACAUGCUGUUUAUUUUGCAACUUAUGAAUAUGUCAAGAAAAAUUUAAUUGAUGAUGAAAAUCAAACAAAUCAUCAUCCAAUUAAAACUGCAUUUGCUGGGUCAUGUGCUACAGUUGCAGCAGAUGCAUUAAUGAAUCCAUUUGAUACUUUAAAACAAAGAAUGCAAUUAGGUUCAUCAAAUCAUUCAAAUUCUAUGUUUCAAUUGGCAAAAUUUAUGUAUAAAAAUGAAGGUUUCAAGAGUUUUUAUUAUUCUUAUCCAACAACAAUAAGUAUGAAUAUACCAUUUGCUGCAUUAAAUUUUAUGAUUUAUGAAAGUUCAACAAAAUUAUUUAAUCCACAAAAUAAUUAUGAUCCAAUAGUACAUUGUUUUUGUGGUGCAUUAUCUGGUGCUACAGGUGCUGCAUUAACAACUCCAUUAGAUUGUAUAAAGACUUUAUUACAAAUUAGAGGUGAAUCCAAAAAUAUUGAUGUUAGAAAUUCAAACACUUUAACAAAAGCUGCAAGAACUAUUUAUCAACUAAAUGGUAUGUCUGGAUUUUGGAGAGGUUUAAAACCAAGAAUUAUUGCAAAUGUUCCAUCAACUGCAAUUUCUUGGACUGCUUAUGAAAUGGCUAAACAUUUUUUACUUGAUUAA